AUGGUCGCAGUAAUCGGUGCAGUACUGGCGGCCGGGCUGGGCUCGAGCUUCCUCGCUGUAGCUGCACCCAAAAAGGCCGCCUGUAGACCGGUGGGACGAAAUAACCGGCGGAUCAACCGGGGGAUUGUGGAGGAGUGCUGCUUUCGGAGCUGCGACCUGGCUCUGCUGGAAACCUACUGCGCCAAGUCCGUCAAGUCUGAGCGUGACCUCUCCGCCACCUCCCUGGCUGGGCUGCCGGCGCUCAACAAGGAGAGCUUCCAGAAGCCCUCGCACGCCAAGUACUCCAAGUACGACGUGUGGCAGAAGAAGAGCUCCCAGCGGCUGCAGCGUGACAUCCCUGGUGCCAACGCCAGAAGACAAAAGAAAGAAAAAAACGUACCUGAGAAGAAGUUCCGAGGAGCCCCCAUCUGCAUUUUUGUGUGUGUGCUUCAUUACAAGAUUCCAAAUCGACUUGCACCUUUUUGA